AUGCCAUGCGAGCUGAAGACUUUUGUGGCUAAUAGAGUGAGUUCUAUUCAAGAGCUGAGUGGAGGUCAUCGCUGGAGGCACGUGCGGUCCGAUGACAACCCUGCCGACUUAGCGUCCAGAGGUGUCACAGCAGAGCAGCUGGUUCGCAAUAAACUCUGGUGGCAUGGGCCGUCAUGGCUUGUCCGAAACGAAGACGACUGGCCAGGUGCAGAUGCAGCGUCAAUUCGGCAACAGCCAGAAGAAGCUUUGAAGGAGCUUAAGGCGCCAGUCGUUGCCAGUGCCAGAAUAACAAAACCAGCGGUACUGAGCGUCGGCGAUACUAGUCUUAUUGAGAGCAAGUCAACACUCCAGAGCAUCCUGAGAAUAACUGCCUUCAUAUUGCGGUUUGUUCGGAAUUGUAAGAAGCGUAACAAUCACCAGAAGACAUUACCGGUGACGUCAGUUCCAUUAGUGUCAUUGGAAGAGCGUGACGGAGCUUUAGCAUACUGGGCUAGAACCGAGCAACAUCGUGCGUACCACAAAGAGAUGCAACAACUCUCGCAGGAGUCUUCAUUGGAAGUGUCGAGCAGCAUAAUUUCACUCAAUCCAUUCUUGGACAACAAAGGAACGAUGAGAGUAGGGUUACGGCUUCAGAACUCGGUAUUGUCGUACGAAAUUGUGCACCCCAUCAUAGUGCCAGCCAGAAGCACCCUAAGCAAGCUGCUGAUCAGAGAAGCGCACCUGAAGACUCUACAUGGAGGUGUGCAGUUGUGCAUGCACUACAUCAGGCACAAAUUUUGGAUUCCAACCUCAAGGCGUGCAGUGAAAACGUACAUAUCACGGUGCAUAACGUGUUUCCGUCAGAUCAAGGCAACAUCAGAGCAGCUAAUGGGCAGCCUUCCUAGGGAUCGAGUCCAACCAACAAGAGCAUUCAAGCAUAGCGGAGUAGACUACGCUGGACCGGUGCAAAUCAAGGCCAGAUCAGGGCGAUCGAAGGUCGUCGAGAAGGGCUACAUUGCCGUAUUUGUGUGCAUGGUCACCAAGGCCAUACAUCUGGAACCAGUGAGCAAUUUGACGAGCAGCGCAUUCUUGGCAGCCUUUCAACGUUUCACUGGUCGUCGCGGUGCAUGUUCAGUGCUGUGGAGCGACAACGCGACGAACUUCGUCGAAGCAUAUGCUGAGCUGAAGAGAAAUGGCGAGCAAUGGAAAGACAGGCUACCAAUUGAGCAAGUCGACUCUUUGGGCACGGAAUAG